AUGGCGGCGUUUAUGGACGAGCAGCAGAAGCCGAAGCUCCGGGAGCUGUUGGAAACCGGCAUAGAACUUCUGGAGGAGGUGGAAGCUACGACCCAACCCACAGGCUCCAAGCAAAUCCAGGAGAAGGUGAGGAAGGCCUUGAAACUCCUGGAGAAGGCCUCGGAAAUGUUAUCGCAGCUCGAUUUGUUCAGCAGGAACGAAGAUUGGGAGGAGAUUGCUUCCGCUGACCUCAAGUACCUGAUGCUUCCGGCCCUGAAGGGCGCGCUGACCCUGAAGCUGGUGGGCACCAGCAAUCGCCUCCACCUCCUGCAGGAUGCUCGAGAGCUCUUCAUGAACUUCCUAACCCAGAGCCACAACUACCAUGUGGCUGAGUUUCAGCUGCCCUGGGCCCAGAGCAGCUCACAGGAAAGCAACCCCGCUGCUGCUACUUCUGACACCCUGGAGCACAACCUCGUUGCCAUGGCAUCCCAGAGGCAGGCCAAAAUCCAGAGGUACAAGCAAAAGAAGGCGGUGGAGCAGAGGCUGUCUUCUCUGAAAUCGGCCGUGGAGAGCGGCGAGGCAGACGACGAGCGUGUCAGGGAGUAUUACCUCCUUCAACUUCGUAGGUGGAUUAACAUCAGCUUGGAUGAGAUCGACAGCAUCGACCAGGAGAUAGAGAUCCUGAGGGAAAGAGACUCCUUCGGUGAGGCAUCAGUUUCUCAAGGGUCUCCUCAGGAGAGACCUCCGCUGAAACCCUUUGUCCUCACUCGAAGUGUUGCCCAAGCACAAGUCUUUGGAGCUGGAUACCCAAGUCUGGCAACUCUGACGGUGAAUGACUGGUACGAGCAGCGCCAGAAAGGUGAGGUCUCAUCUUCUGUUCGGGAAGCAGAAAAGCAGGCACCACCACUCGAGACUCUCUCUGUAUCUGAGCCAGAAAAGCCGGACCUGGAACAAAAGGAAGAGGAAGAUGAGAAUGCCCUCCACAGGAUGCAGGAGUGGGAUGACUGGAAGGACACCCAUCCUAGGGGCUACGGCAACCGACAGAACAUGGGCUAAUGUCCCAUCCCCCGGUGUGAAAGGAUAAAGGAGCACUUACCUUCCCAGACCAGGAAAACCCUGUUCUCUUCCCUUCCUUCGGCCCCUGCUUCAGGAGUGUGCAACAAAGACAGAUACUGAAUCUUGCUUUGUAUUCAAUAAAAUGCCACUAUCAAGUUGUAUUUGCACCCUAGUUAAUGCCCGGUGCUCUCGUUUAGGCAUUGCUGUCACCACGGUGUAUUGCAGUUUCUUAAGUGGAUAGGAAGAGUGCCAAGAAAUGGCCGUGUAAUCAUUGACUGUAUGAUUUCUCUUUAAAAAAUAAAAUACCUUUUCUUGG